CGUGGGGAGCCCCCAACACGACAUCGAUAUCGUGUUCCCUUGCUGAUGUAAUGAGUGAACAGCUGGCGAAAGAGUUGCAGGUAGAAGAAGAAAAUGCUGCGUUUCCUGAAGUGGUUGCUGUUGCUGAAGGACCAUUUAUUACGGGAGAAAAUGUCGACACUUCUAGUGACCUAAUGCUAGCUCAGAUGCUGCAGAUGGAAUUUGACAGGGAAUAUGAUGCACAGCUUCGGCGUGAAGAGAAGAAGAUCAAUGGAGAUAGCAAAGUCUCCAUAUCCUUUGAAAAUUAUCGGAAGGUACAUCCCUAUGACAGCGACAGCUCAGAGGAUGAGGUUGAUUGGCAGGAUACUCGUCAUGAUCCUUAUAGAGCAGAUAAACCUACUACUACACCAAGAAAGGGCUUCACAGGAAAAGGAAAAGAUAUUACUACUAAACACGAUGAAGUGGUUUGUGGAAGAAAGAACACUGCUCGCAUGGAAAAUUUUGCACCUGAGUUCCAAGUUGGGGAUGGAAUCGGGAUGGACUUAAAGCUGUCAAAUCAGGUCUUCAAUGCCUUAAAGCAGCACGCGUACUCUGAGGAACGUCGAAGUGCAAGGCUUCAUGAAAAGAAGGAGCACUCCACUGCUGAGAAAGCAGUGGAUCCUAAAACGCGUUUACUUCUGUACAAGAUGGUCAAUGCUGGGAUGCUGGAGACAAUCACAGGCUGCAUCAGCACAGGAAAAGAAUCUGUUGUUUUUCAUGCAUAUGGAGGAAAUGCAACUGAAGAUAAAGUUAUGCUUCCAGAAUGUGCCAUCAAAGUGUUUAAAACAACUCUCAAUGAAUUCAAGAACCGUGACAAAUACAUUAAGGAUGACUACAGAUUUAAAGACCGCUUCAGUAAAUUGAAUCCACGAAAGGUUAUUCGUAUGUGGGCUGAGAAAGAAAUGCAUAACUUAACAAGAAUGCAAGAUGCAGGAAUUCCUUGUCCUCAGGUGGUUAUCCUUAAGAAGCACGUCUUGGUUAUGUCUUUCAUUGGCCAGGAUCAAGUCCCAGCUCCUAAACUAAAGGAUGUAACACUUAGUAGUGAAGAUAUGAAAAAGGCCUACUGUCAGACUCUUAAUAUGAUGCAACAGUUGUAUAAGGAGUGCAACCUGGUCCAUGCAGAUCUGAGUGAAUACAACAUGCUUUGGCAUGAUGGGAAGGUCUGGCUCAUCGACGUCAGUCAGUCUGUGGAGCCAACCCAUCCUCAUGGACUGGAGUUUUUGUUCAGAGACUGUAGGAACGUUUCACAGUUCUUCCAGAAAGGAGGUGUGGCAGAAGCGCUUAAUGAGCGUGAACUCUUCAAUGCUGUCUCAGGUUUAAAUAUCGCAGCUGACAAUGAAGUAGACUUCCAAGCAGAGAUUGAAGCUUUGGAGAAGAUGAAUGAAGAUCAUGUGCAGAAUCAUGGAAAGAAACUGUCGAUGUUUUCAAGCAAUGGAGACCCACCUAUAUAUGAUGAAUAGCACUGAGUGUGUAGCUGCUAAUGAUACACAAAUUUACUGCUUCUAACUGUGUUGGUGCAGUGGUAAAUGUCAGCUACCAAUGUCACGAGAGUGGUUGACUGGGAGUACCAAAAUGGAAAACACAGCAAGCAUACGGUGAUGCCUCUGUGUCUUUUUUAAACGUAGCCCACACGUCAGGCUGGCACUGUGAGAAUGGACUGUCACUACCUCU